AGGCUCUGUACGCGCGCGGGGGUCACGCGCUCGAGGUUAACGCGCGCGAGGUCACGCGCCACAUGACACACCUGUGCCCGCGUCCCUAGCGCUCGUCUCAGGUAGGAUCUCAGUUGCGGAUGCAAACGCUCCGCUUAUCUUGGUGUUUAACUCCGCUGCUUUUGUAGGAUACUGAAUUGCAAACUUUGAAGAAAAAGAAAAACACAUUACUUUUGGACAAUCGCGUUACAAGCUAAAGGGAAAAAAGAGGAAUGCUUCAGCUUCCUGUGUCGUCAUCGGCGUACUAAAACAAAGUUGACUUGAAGUUCGUGCGACUUCUCACAAGUGGUCGCCGGCUGUUUGUUUCACUGUAUAUGGGGCAAAUACCUCUGACGUACUGUACGAAGGGCCAACUACGUUUUUUGGGAAGCAAAAUGGACUUUUGUCAAUGAAAACAAAGCAAAAACAACUGCUUCCAGGAGCAGAGUCGACUACGGGACUCGAGUAAACACUCCUGCUGUUUCCCCUUUUUUUUUUCCUGCACCAAAACAAUGAAAAAGCCUGAUGUGAAGUUGGUCAUCCUGGGGGACGUGAAUGUGGGGAAGACCUCCUUACUGCACCGCUACACCGAAAGGCGAUUUAAGGACACCGUCAGCACCGUUGGAGGGGCUUUCUUCUUGAAGCAGUGGGGGCCCUACAACAUCUCCAUCUGGGACACUGCAGGACGAGAGCAGUUUCAUGGCCUGGGAUCUAUGUACUGUCGAGGUGCUGCUGCAGUCGUCCUGACAUAUGAUGUCACUAACUGGCAAAGUUUUGCCGAGCUGGAGGACAGAUUCUUGGCGCUGACGGACACUGCAAGCGCAGACUGCAUUUUUGCAAUUGUGGGAAAUAAAGCAGACCUGACUGAUGAGUGCGCUUCUGUACCACACCCUGAAGCAGAGAGAGAUGCAUGUCCAUGUCCCAGUCCGGUCAGCACUACCAAGUCACACAAACAAGUUGUCAAAGAAGACGCAGUGGCUCUGUACAAGCGGAUUCUGAAGUAUAAAAUGCUGGAAGAGAAACAGUGUCAAGCGGCCGAGGCAAUGUGCUUUGAGACCAGUGCCAAAAGCGGCUACAAUGUCGACCUGCUCUUUGAAACACUCUUUGAUAUGGUGGUUCCAGGGAUCUUGAGAAAGCGGGCUGAAGGCCUGUCCCAGACAGUUGAUUUAAUGGAGUGUAAAGGGACGGGGCCCAAGUCCAGCUGUUGCUACUGAUGUGUCAGCAAAAGGUGUCACACCAGCAUUAGAAACAUGAUAUGCGGAAAUUGCAAGUUGAUCUUCCUCAAAAUGCAAUGAGUAGUGUCCUGCAGCCAUUGGCAAACGUAGUUAACUUUUGGCUGAAAGAGCUGCUGACUAAAAACUGCACCUCAGCCUGUGGAGUUAAAGAGGAAGCAAGAAAGGGAAGCAGCACUUAUACUAGUGUGGACAUCCAUAGAGGGUGUUAGAGGCACUUACAGGAGUUCAGAUAUUUUUUUUUUUUGUUUGGUUACCUGGGCUUCAGCUACACUUCUCCUAUCUCGCUGCCUCCAGUCACUUUAUUAAUAGUGUGAAAAUGAUCUUGUGAAAUAAAAUCAGAAGCCAAAGGUA